AGGGGGAGGCGCGCCAGGUAAGGGGAAGGGGAAGGUGAAACCCCCAGUGGCGGCUAAGGUGCGGCUGGAGAAGAAGCUUCAGGAGAGAGAGGGGCAGUCGAGCAAGCGGUUGAGCCAGAACAGCAGUGGCCCCGCACCUGCAGUAUCAGGAACAGUAGCAGCAGGAGGGGCAGGAGGGGCAGGAGGGGCAGGAGCAGAAGGAGGAGGAGGAGGACGAGGAGGAGGACGAGGACAAGGAGCGGGAGGAGGAGGGGGAGAAGCCACAGCAGGAGACAGCACGAGCAGCAGCAGCAUCCCUACAAUCGCCAACCCGCCCACAUCAAACCCCCUCGCCUCCUCCCUCUCUCUCCGCCUCUCCACCUCCGAACCCGACGCGCUCCCUCGGCAAGAUUUCAAGCAGUACACUCUUGAAGAACUACAGGCGGCUAUGGACCAUUUCUGGCCGAACAACAUCUGUGGGGAGGGCAGCUAUGGCGUUGUGUACAAGGGGUGGCUGGACGGGCAAGCGGUGGCGAUUAAACAACUCAAGAACCCCGACGCCAAGGCGGCACUCGAUGAGAUCGAGAGAGAGGUGGAGGUGCAGAAGCGGAUCGACCACCCCAACGCAGUGCGCCUGCUGGGCUACUGCAUGGAGGACCGCUCCCUGGUCUACGAGUUCCUCUCUAACGGCUCUCUGGAGGACCGCAUGCUCUGUGUGGGCGGCACGCCACCUCUUAUGUGGCCGGAGCGGUGCCGAAUAGCCAUGGAGGUGGCAGCGGGCCUGCAGCAUCUGCACACGCGGAAGCCCCCCAUAGUGCACCGGGACGUCAAGCCCGCCAACGUGUUGCUUGACGACAACUUCACUGCCAAGCUCGGGGACGUGGGGCUGGCGCGCCUCAUGGGGGACCUCGCCCCGGGCCACUCGCACGUGGUGCGGAAAUCAGUCAUCGUAGGCACCGAGCACUACGUCGACCCCGAGUAUCUAUGCGCCAGACGAGGGUACCUCGGGCCGAAAUCCGACGUGUACUCGUUUGGCAUCGUGCUGCUGCAGAUGUUGGUAGGGGAUGUUCCGAACCCGAGGAGAAUCGACGCUGCGGUGGAGAAGGAGGAGUUGGCGGUGUUGUUGGAUCCCAGGGCUGGGGAGUGGCCCCCGAACCUCGCGAUGGACCUAGCGAAUCUCGGCCUUUGGUGCGCCGAGAUGGACCGCCGAGAUCGGCCGGAUCUGACGGAGGAGGUGAUCCCGGCGCUGCUGGAGAUAUGUGAGGCGGCGGCUGAGGCGGUCGUGGAGUGGGAGGGGAAGCAGGAGGCGGUGCGAGAGAGGCAGCGGCAGGAGAGGGAGCAGAGGGAGGAGAAGGAGAGGGAGAGGAGGGAGGAGGAGGCGCGGAGAGUGAAGGAGCGGCAGGAGGCAGAGACAGGGAGGAGGAAAGAGCAGGAGGGGGGUGAUGGUGGUGCGAAGGGGAACGGUGGAGGAGGGAAGCUGGAUGGCAGUGGUGGUGGGGGAUGGGCGAUGGAGCUCCCAAGGCACAAGGAGGAUGCUGUGUGCUGCUAUGAUGCUGGUAUGGGGGUAGCCGCUAUGCAGCUGGGCUAGGACAUGAGCUGGCGGGCAGUGAGCAGGUCCCAAGGCACAAGGAGGAUGCUGUUUGUUGCUAGUAUGAUGCUGUUGUUGGGGUAGCUGGUAUUAGCUAGCGUAGGCAAGGCACUAAUGAGCUGGCUGGCUUACAUCCAUGUGCUGUCAGGCAUGCGUGCGCCCAUGUGAAGGGGGUACAUACAUCAGCUGGCAGGGGGUAGAGUAGUGACCAGGCCCCCAGAAGUCAGGAAAAAUUUCCUGAUUCAGGAAAAAAACAGGGUGUUGAGGGGUACCAGCCCUGAUUUACUAGGGUUUUGUUUUUGGCAUUUCCUGGAAUUUCAGGGUUUUUUUGUAAGGGAUAUUUGUCAGCUCAGUUUUUUUUUGCAAGGGAUCCUGAAAUUUCAG